AUGGAAAAUACAUCGACUCAACAUGUCCCCACAGACAUGAAGGCAAAAUAUCCAACAUGCCAAUAUCUAGCUCCUAGUCAUGGCGCACCACGCAAGGAGGAAACUCAGGCGGCAGGCGCAGCCUCGCAGUCGCAAGGAAGGGUUGAACUGAAGGUGGAACCGUGGAGGAGUGGAGGCGGUCCAGGCGAAGCAGCGUGGAGGAAACUCAGGCGCAGCGGCUGCCGGCAGGGAAGUGAAGACGGGACUGGGAUUGGGAGUCUCUGGUUCAGCAACAGCAAAGGUAGCUACAGAGUGCGCCUCCAUGUUGCUGAAAUAAUGUAUACAAAUGACACCAACUUUAGCAGCCUUGGAAGGCGGCUAUUUGACGUGUCAAUCCAAGGUGGGGUUCUUUUGAUAGACUUUGACAUUGUAAAGGAAGCUAAUGGUGUUAGGAAAGGUAUUUACAAGGAUUUUAAUGUCCUCAUCAAUGGCAGUACUCUGGAGAUCCACUUGUACUGGACUGGGAAGGGCACCACUGCCAUCCCUGACAGAGGGGUAUAUGGACCUUUGAUAUCUGCAAUAGCUGUGACGCCAAACUUUGAUCCUGAUACCGAGGGGCUAUCUGCUGGAGCUAUCGCUGGGAUUGUAGUUUCUUCAUGUGUGGUCGGGUUUUUUAUUUUAGCUGUACUUUGGAUGAAAGGUUAUCUUGGAGGAAAAGAUGUUGAAGAUAAAGAACUUCGAGCCCUUUAUCUACAGACAGGAUUUGGACCUGUGUACAAGGGUGUACUGUUGGAUGGUACAAUUAUUGCUGUGAAGCAACUCUCCUCCAAGUCGAAGCAAGGAAACCGUGAAUUUGUUAAUGAAAUAGGCAUGAUAUCUGCUCUACCGCACCCUAACCUUGUCAGGCUCUAUGGGUGUUGUAUAGAAUCAAAUCAGUUGCUGCUUAUAUAUGAAUACCUAAAAAAUAAUUCUCUUGCUCGAGCACUUUUUGGUCCUGAGGAACAACGAUUAAACCUUGACUGGUCUACAAGAAAUAAAGCAUGCUUAGGAAUAGCUAAAGGUCUGGCAUAUCUUCAUGAGGAAUCUCGGUUGAAAAUCGUCCAUAGAGACAUAAAGGCUACAAAUGUGCUUCUCGACAAGGAUUUAAAUGCUAAGAUAUCGGACUUUGGUUUGGCUAAGCUUGAUGAAGAAGAAAACACUCACAUCAGUACGCGAAUUGCCGGAACAGUAGGUUAUAUGGCUCCCGAGUACGCAAUGAGGGGUUAUUUGACAGACAAGGCAGACGUCUAUAGCUUUGGAAUAGUUGCUAUCGAAAUUGUCAGUGGAAAAAGUAACACGAGUUACAGACCAAAAGAGGAGUUUGUCUACCUUCUUGAUUGGGCUUAUGUCCUACAAGAGCAAGGGAAUCUUUUGGACCUCGUGGAUCCUAUUCUGGGUUCAAAAUAUUCUGAGGAAGAGGCAAUGAGGAUGUUGAAUUUGGCACUGUUGUGCACAAAUCCAUCUCCUACACUUAGACCUUCCAUGUCUUCCGUGGUGAGCAUGCUCGAAGGCAAAAUCCCAGUCCAAGCACCAAAAAUCAUGCGCCGUACCCCAAGCGAGGAUAUUAGAUUUAAAGCCUUCGAGAAACUCUCACAAGACAGCCAAACGCAUGUUUCGACAUAUAGCAACGAGCAAACGAGUGAUUCAGUUUAUGGGCCAUAUUGA